UUGCGGCCACAAAAUCCUACCAGCCGCCCCAGAAGCCCUACCGACUCGUUCGUCUCGACCCAUCAUUUCCCCCGACGGGACGGUGGAGGCCCUCAGAAACAGUCUCCAUGUCACUUUAGAUGCGGUCAUGUUGGUGAGAAUGCUCGUUGUCACUCGAGCCUGGGGGUUCGAAUCACGGGCCUUCACAAGCCGUCCAACUUUUCUGUGGUUCAGUCGCCUGCAGACUCCAACUGUCGCCAUGACGACAGCCAAAUUUACGGUUUGAGUGUAGACAGCGAAGGCAAUGAGGCCCAAAGGCACACUCGAGACUGCGACAUUUGCAACCAUGCAUGCAUGAGGCCAGAAGGCUCUCUGGAAUAUGAGACUCGAUUUGGACAUACCAAACUGGGGACCAAUGGCUCCGGUGGCUUCACGAGCAUCUCACUCGAUCUGCCCUCACAAGUUUGCAGUCUGCCGGUGGGCAGUGAUGACGAGACGACGUCAGCUCUUCUGCCGGGAUUCAGGGCUUCCGACAAGGGCAAGCCGAGUGACUUUAUCACGGAUUGGACGAUGGGAAGCCGGGAGAACACUCGAUCACCCGGAGCAACGGGCGGCCUUUCGGCCUCUCUGUCCACGUACUGGUCAAGCCGACUCAAUUGCUCUCCCUCGAAAGUGACCAAGUCCACCUUGCCGGGUCGGCUGAGUCCGAUACCCCGAGAUCGAGCCAGAUUUCAGGUAACUCGUAGCCUGUAUCUUUCUUCCCUUUCCACUAGAUAUGAAUAG